GCCAUGGUGACCAAAAUCAGGUUAGUUUUUUCGAAUAAACAAGAACAAAUCAACUUUCAUCACUUUUCCCCUUGAAAUAAUCGGGAGUGGUUUUAUACGAUUUCUAAAAAUGAGCAAUUCAUUCAGGCCCAGAAGUGGUUAUUCAAACCCUGACAGGUACAGCGCUGCGCUGCCUGUUAUGAAAAUGCGAUUGGAAAACGAAAUUAUUCGUAAACGUGAAGCAGAAACUCGUCGAAGUGAAACGGCUCGAUCGAAUGACAGGUAUUUUCAAAAUUGCAAUCUACAAAACGAGAAGUUUGACGAUUGGACGUCCCCAAGAAGUGCCCAAUUAAGCCACCGUCAAUCAAAAAUACGUGAAACAGAAAUUGAUGUGGAAACUCGUAGGAAAAAACUUAAGAAACUGUAUCAAGAAGACAGAUUAAAUGAAGAACAAGCAUUGAAAAAAAUUAAACAAAAAGAAGAAAACCAGAAGUGGGAAAAUAUGAAGGAUAAAGUGCAGCAUUUUAGGCAUUCAAAAAGUGUAAAGCUGAAUGAGUUUGUCGAGAACAGGGAGCAUGAACAGUGGAAAUCUACUAGUGCUUCAUUCAGGGCAUUUGAAUCUGAGUUGAAGAAACAGCAACAACAAGAAAUGUGGACAAUUCAACUGCAGCAGAGAGAAGAAGAGAAGCUAAGAUUACUGGAAGAAAAGAAAAGAGAAGCUGUCCAAAUGGAACGCUUGGUUCAGGAAGAAAGGAAAAGAGAAGAAAUAGAACAGAAGAUGGAAUUACAAAAGAAACAGCAAUGGAGAAAGGAUCUAGAUGAGCAAGUUGAAUUGUUAAGGUCGAAGGAUUUUGAGGCAAAUGAAAAACGACGAGAGCACGAUAAACUAAUGGCAGAAGCUGCUGCAUUGGAGGCUAUCAAGGAAGAAAUGCAAAAGAAAGAAGAAGAAAGAGCAAAACGACAACAGAACGGGGAGUUCCUUACCAAGCAACAUUUAGCGAAGUUAAGGCAACGGUCUAAAGAAGUGGCCGCUGAUCUGGAAAGAGAAAUGAGCUUUGCCGAAAAACUUUUCCCAAAUGAAAGUGAUUCUGCUUUAGAAAAAGAAAAAACACGUCAAGACAUUCAACGAUUUUUACAACUCGUUGAAAACCAUCGUCGAAUCGAAAAAGAACGCCUGCAGCAGAGCGAGUUUUUAUUCCAGGAGGAGGCUAAGCGAAUGUGGGAAAAACGGGAAUUAGAGUGGGAAGCCGAAAGGUUGGCUCGAAAAAAAUUAAUUGAAGAGGUGAUAGCCAUUCAGGAGAAGCAGAUUGACCAAAAAAUAAUCGCUGCACGACAAGAAAGACAGCAACUGCUGCGCGAUCGAGAAGAGCUGGUUCAUUCACUCGAGAGCUAUCAUAAUCAAGCAAAGAAGAAAGAAAUGGAAAAUAAAGCUAAACAGUUUCAAACGAAAGUAGAUCUUCAGGCUCAAAUUGAUCACAAACAACAAAGAGAAGAAGAGUUUAAUAAUCUGGAACGGCAGAAGCGCAAACACCAAGAGCUCAUGGAAGCUGCUCACAACGAAAAACAUUGGAAUAUAGCCAUGGACAAAUUGAGACUUUAAAGCGUAAAGUUGACGCACAUUUCUUGUCAUCAAAAUGAUUCAUAUCUCGGCUCUAAUUUUCUCGUAAUUUUUAAAUGUUUACAAAAUGUGUAUUUUUAAGUUACAGCUUAUGUCAUUCUAUCACAGCUAUUUUUCGUACUUUUUCGUAUUUCAGGAAAUAUAUGGAGCGAUCGCAGAA